AUUUAAUUGAAAACCUCCAUAUAUAUAAUCCUUUGCAACAACAUCGGAGAAGACGAGAAAACAACAAGAGGCGAGGAGGUUAAUGGAGGAGGAAAGCCAUGAAGGUGGUGAUGAGGAUUUGCCACCCGAGAUAAAUCAGAUGAGAGAGCAAAUCGAAAAGGAGAGAUUUCUGCAUAUCAAUCAUUCAUUCGAGAUGAUAUGCAAACGGAGUGUGUUUGCUCAUUCUUUCCACCAUCAAUACCUUGCCUCAAACCGGUCCCAAGCAGAGAAUAAUAAUGGAGGAAGAGAUAACAAGUUGCUUCUUUCGAGAAUGCUAGAACCACUUCGUCAUUUCAGUGGCUACUGGAAUUAUGAUUGCAACGAUGACGAGAGUUAUGUUCUUGAUGAAGAUAUUAAACUACACAGUGUCAAGCUUCCAGUUAUUGAGCAGCUACCACGAUCGACAACAUGGGUCUUCACGAAUAGUAGCCAGCUGAUGGCUGAGAAUGAUUCUGUGAUUGGUAAGAGACAAUUCUACUACGUGGAUGGUGAGGUAGUAGAAUUGAGCAGCGAGGAAGACGAAGAAGAUGAAGCAGAAGAUGAUGAGGAAGAAACCAAGAAAGAAAUAUGCGAAUUUUCCGAGGAUGUAGACCGGUUUAUAUGGACGAUUGGGAAGGAAUAUGGUUUGGAGGAUCAGGACGUGCUGAGUGUUCUCGCCAAGUUUCUUGAAGUGGAUGUUUCCGAUAUAUUGGAAAGAUACAAUGAGCUCAAGCUUAAGAAUGAUGGAAAUGUUAAAGAGACUUCUGAUUUGCUUUCCGAAGGAAUUGUUACUACUUUUCAGGAUGCUGCUUAUAAGCGUUUCUGCCGUCGUUGCUUGAUAUUUGAUUGUCCUAUGCAUGAGAAGUAUCAGCCUGAGAUUAAAUCUGGACAAGGUAUAUCUAAUUUGUCCGAGAAUGAAGAUGAUAAUAGACAAUGCUAUGAGCAUUGUUACCUCAUGGUAGAAGCUAAUGAUCAUGUGGUGGAUAAUGAUAAUUCUACAUCAAACGAGAGAGGGAAGAAUAUGGUCUCAUAUAACAACACAGUAAAUGAAGAUGCUGAAGUGAAUGAUACUUAUGAAGUAACAACAGAUAAUACAGAGAUGACUAUGUGGACGCCUGAGGAGAAGGAUCUUUACUUGAAAGGAGUUGAACUCUUUGGGAGAAACAGUUGUCUUAUUGCAUUAAACUUACUUCGGGGGUGUAAAACGUGCCAAGAGGUUUACAAAUACAUGAGUGAACAAGAUCAAUCUACUAUGUUAUUAGAUCAUUACAAAGCUACAAAAAAAAACAAGCAGGUUAACAAAAAAGUAUCUCGAAGAAGUACUAGGUUUGUCCGCAAAAAGGUGAGACAACGAAAAUAUGCUCGUUGUCCACCUGCUUUGAAAAAAACAGCCAAUGGAGAAGCUAAGUUAUAUAAGCAGUACACACCAUGCAGUUGCGAGUCAACAUGUGGAGAUCAAUGCAUUUGUUUAACUAAUGAAAAUUGCUGCGAAAAAUAUUGCGGGUGCCCGAAGGAUUGUAACAAUCGUUUUGGAGGAUGUCGUUGUGCAAUCGGUCAAUGCGUAAACCGACAAUGUCCUUGCUUCGCUGCUAGUCGUGAAUGUGAUCCAGAUCUUUGUCGGAAUUGUUCUUUUGGCUGUGGAGAUGAGACAUCAGAGCAAAUGCAAUGCAAGAACAUGCAAUUCCUUCUUAGCAGAAACAAGAGGAUUCUCCUUGCAAAGUCUGAUGUUCAAGGAUGGGGUGCAUUUACACGGCACCCACUUAAAAAGAAUGAGUUUCUCGGAGAAUAUACGGGCGAACUAAUCACUCAUGAUGAAGCAAAUGAGCGUGGGAGACUAGAAGAUCGGACUGGUUCGUCCUACCUCUUUACCUUGAAUGAUCAGCUCGAAAUCGAUGCUCGCCGUAAAGGUAACAAGUUUAAAUUUCUCAAUCACUCAGCAAAACCUAACUGCUACGCCAAGUUGAUGAUUGUGCGAGGAGACCAGAGGAUCGGUAUAUACGCGGAGAAGGCUAUCGAAGAAGGUGAGGAGCUUUUCUUCGACUAUUGCUAUGGACCAGAACAUGCGGAUUGGUCUCGUGGUCGAAACCCUAAAAAGACUGGUGUUUCCAAAAAGUCUAAGGAUAUUCGUUCAUCUAGUCGUUUGUAGAGUUACAUAAC